AGACCUGUGUGCCCUUACUCCCUUCCUCCAGAACCGCCCAAAGACCGCCUACGAACAGAUAGUUCCCAAACUCCUCGAGCUCCCUCGGCCUGCGCCACAUCGGACUGGCGAAUGGUGGCGGCAGUAACCUUUUUCUGGGUUUUCACUGCGUAAGGACGGGAGGAGCCAAACAUUCUUUGCUCAUAUGACAUUCAAGACAUCGCUCGCUCUUUAUUAUUCGAACCUUCUCCGCGCCCGUUCACAACAUUAACCGAUACGACCGAUCCGGCACGAUAUUAAGCCGCGUUGGAACCUAUAAUUGCAUAAUGGGAGACGCCAGUCCGAACAAGGCAGCAAGUCCGGGCUGGUCGGAAUCAUCGUCAGCCUCCUCCCUCGAUCAGCCUAUACACGCAACGGUCCCCGUACGGCCGCAACUGCCGAGCCGCAAGAGCAGCGGCACCAUGAUCGUACCCCGCGAUUCGUCAGCCAUCGAGGAAGUGGACAUACCGCCAGACGACGUUAGGGCCAUGAGCCCAAGGAGGACGAGCGAGGAUAUUCAGACAUUGGGUAUGGAGGCGAGGGAGGAACUGCAGAGGCAUGCCAAGGCACUGCAAGAGUCCCUCAUCAACCUCUUCAACCGGAUAGAGGCGGUAAAGGAGGAACACGACAAACUCCAUCGCCACAACAAGUUCCUGCAAAAGUACAUUGGAGACCUGAUGUCGACAAGCAAGAUCACAUCGUCCAGCAGCCGCAAUAAGAAAUGAGCAACGACGCGGAACUUGCGGGGGUGCCUCCAUCGCGGGUGAAAGAGGAGGAUAAUGAAG